AUACCAACAACUUCAUACAACCAGCUUCAGCUUAAACCAGACAGUCAAAGACUAAGCACCACCAAAGCAAACAGAAAAUGUCUCUCCACCCAAAACCCUUUUCUUCAAUUGCAUUUCUCCCUUAUAUUCUUCUCUUUCUGAUCUCCUCCUCCUCCUCCUCCUCCUCCUCUGCCUCCGGCGACAAUACACUAACCGCUUAUGAAGUUCUGGAAGAAUAUGACUUCCCCAUAGGUCUCCUUCCCAAUGGGGUAUUAAGCUACGAGCUAGACAAUUCCACAGGCGAGUUCUCGGUCUAUUUGAAUGGUAGUUGCACCUUUUCCAUUGACUCCUAUGAGCUCAAAUACAAAUCCACUAUAACCGGGGUGAUUUCCAAAGACAAGCUCACCAGCUUGAGUGGAAUCAAAGUUAAGGUCCUGUUUCUGUGGCUCAACAUCCGGUCAGUGAUCCGCGACGACGACGAGCUCGAAUUGUCAGUUGGGAUAGCUUCUGCUGACUUCUCUGUUGAUAAUUUCAGCGAGUGCCCGACUUGUGGAUGUGGCUUCGAUUGUGAUACUGUUGGCAGAAAGAUUAACUCCAAUCAUCCGGUAUCCUCUGCUUAAUUAGCUUUGCUUAGUAAGAGAUUAAGGUUUCUGCCCAUUUGGAUUAAUAAAAGAGUUAGUUGUCGAUUAUGUGUUUCCUUUAACGAGAACUAGUUAUCAUAUUAUUAAUUGAUGGUUAUCAAAGUCCAGCCGAAUCAAAGGUUGUUGCAUGGAUGAGCGAUAACGACUUUAUAAGCAUUUUGUUUAGAUGUUCGACAUCAACUUGGACCGGUUCCCUUCCUUUAUGGUU